ACUCUUCAUUGCCUAUAUAUCUAACUCUUCUGUAUUAACCCUUCACCUACAAUUACAAAAUCCUGUCAUGGCUUCUAAGUUCUCCGUCAACAAGUUUCUUCACGUCAGCAAACAUUCGAAUGUGGUCGCCAUGGAGAAUGUGAGAGCUGUGGAGCCACCAGCGGCGUCAGCAGUAAUGAGGAAGAUGGAGGGUUCAUCUGCGGAGAAGAACCAAGUGUUCUGGAUGAGAGAUCCAAAGACUGGCAACUGGAUUCCUGAGACUCACUUUGACCAAGUUGAUGCUGCAGAGCUUAGAGAGAAGUUACUUCCCAAGAAAGAUUCGGACUAAUUGAACUAGUUUUUUACAACCAAUUUGACGGCCUUACUAGAUGAUCAUGGGGAUAUGGACUCUUUGUAAUCGAAUCAAUAAAAUAAAUUUUCUGAU